GCGCGUUCCGUUUUCAGAGACGCCAAGUCUUUGGGCGCCUCCCAUGGAUAAGAGCCGGAAGGCCGGAGAGCGGAAGGAUGGAGGCGCUGGCCAGCCGCGUGGGGCGCUUCGAGUCGCAGCUGGAGGCCAUCCGCCGGGAGGUUUUCCAGCUGCAGGGCCAGAGCUCGGCGCCUUCGGCGCCUGCUUCCCAAGGCCAGGUCGCUUCGAGCGCCCAGCUGCAGUGGGUCCGUUUGUUCGAGCGGGAGUUGGAGCAGCUGAAGCACCAAGCCGAGUCCUAUGAGGAGCCGCUGGCGCUCAUGGAGCACCGCCUGCAGAGGUUGGAAUCCGUGGCUCUGCCGGAGUCGGGCAGAGAUUUGGACGAAUUGGCGGAGCUGGUGCUGUCCGAGCUCCAGGAGCUGCAAGCUCAGGUGGCACAUUUGGCAAGCGAGAAACGGGGACCCGGCCAGGCGAUCGCACCUCGAGGGCUCCCUGUCUCGGCAGCGACCCGCUCGCCCACCAGCGCCGCGGCCCAGCGGGUGGAAAUGCUGCAGCGUCUGGAGCGCAGCGCGGUGAGCUUGGAAGAGAGAAUGCAGCGAUUGGAGCAGGAGGUGGUCCCUCCAGAUUCGCAUGGUGAAGGUACAGAAAGCAAGCUGCAGCAGAGGCUGCAUCAUCUGGAGCAGGAGGUGCAGGUGGCAUUGCAACCCUUGCGGCGCCACCAGGUCUCCUUGCAAGUCCUGGAGGAGACCAGCAUGAAGGUGGAGAAGCUGCAGGACAGCCUCAAGCACUUGCCCCUGGAUGCCGCCCUGAAGCGCUCCGACCAGGCCAUCCACGCCCUCGAGGCGGCAGGUGGCCAGGCCGCGGGGGCCAUGUCGCUGCUGGACGGCCACAAGGUGCAGGCGGGCCUGGAUCAGCUCUUCACGGCUAUGGAGGCCUUGGCGAGGCAAAGGAACCAGGACGUGCAGCUGGUGAACGGCUACCUCGGUGAGGUCUAUCGGCGCAUCGAGCGGGACUUGCCGGUGGACAAGGGCCAGAGCAUCAUUCAGAGCCUCAACCAGCUUCAGAACCAACAUCAGGUGCUCAAGGCGGAGUGCCGUGCCAUUCUCGACGUGAGGCUGCCUGAGUUGGAGACGAGGCUCUUGCACGAGGCCUCUUCGACGGCAGAGCUGGCGGACCAAAACCGGCGGCAGAUUACGCGCCUGGAGCUGGCCACGCAGGACGCCAUGGAUCAGCUGGCAUCCGCGCAGGCCAGGCUUCCCGCGCUCCAGGACGCCACGGACCGGCGCGCGGCGGCGGAGACGCGGCGCGAGGCCCAGGCGGCGGAGCUGCGCCAGGAGCUCAUGCAUCUGCGCCAGGACUUUGCGCAGCUAACCAUGGACGGCAGCAUGGCGCCGGGGAGCAUCGGGGAGAAGUUUCAUGCCAGCCUGGCAGCAGUGCAGGCCACCCUGCUGGCGCGCAUUGAGAAGGAGGGUAAGGAGAAGCUGCAGAGCCUCACUGCCAUGGAGCGCCAGCUGCUGGAGCUGCAGGAGCGCACCCGGCAUGCGGAGGUGGCCGGAAGCUCCGCGUCGACCUUUGCCGGGGACCUGCAGAUGCUGGCGCAAGACUUCGCCACAUUGCGCGGCGAGUCUGCGCGUGCUGACGUGGAGCUGCGGGAGCGUGUGGCGAGGGGCGAGCGGGAGCUGAAGGCGGAAAUCCGGGCAGCCCAGCGGCUCUUGCUGGAGGUGGCAGAAAGCGCUCGGCACCUGUCGCCGGAGCGGCUGACGGCGCCAAGUCUCUCGAGCAUCAAAGCCGCCCCAGCAGAACCCGCAUCCUUGCCAGCAUUGCCUGGCUUCGGCACAGGCGCUUCCACUGGCGUCCAACUGGACGUGGGCUCUUUGGCGGCGCACGACGAAGCGGUGGAGUGGACGCUUCCAGGGGUUCGAGCCCGCGCACGCUUGGGCAACUCUCAGCCGCUGAUUUCGGAAGCCUUCGACGUGGACCGGUUUCCGGAGAUCAAGGCUUUGCGACUCAAGCUGUUCCCCUUGGGCUCGCGGCGCCGCACCAAGCCGGGGCAUUGCUCUUUGUACCUCACAGGGCCACAAGGUGCUCACCUGCAGUUCCUCUUGAGGCUUGGCUCCGUAGAGCAUGGCCCGCUAGAGUGCAUCUUCGACAGACCCGAGAAGGACAGUGGGCGCCACGACUUCUGUGCGUUAGAAGACGAGCUGGAGGUCGAUGGCAGCGCGAUCGUUCACUUGACGAUACUGCGUGCAGAUCUGGUUUGAGCGAGAUGGAGCCCCCUUGCCACAAGCUGACGCUCGGAUCUUUGCGCGCCAUGGCUAGCUCCGGAAUAGCGGCCUUUCCAUGGCCUCGGCGAAUGACCUCGCGCUCAAGUUCGCUCAAGUCCGAGCGCCGUACCUCCGACGCCCGACCAGCGGCAAAUUUAGAGGCUGGCAGAAUGAGGCGUUGAGAGCCUUUACAAAGGCAGCGCUCUCAAAGCCUAUUGUUCUCCCCUGUUCUCCCGUGCA